CGCUCGGCUGCGUAGAAGGAGCGCGUCUUUUUUUGCGCCUGCGCACAAGCGCCACUUCCUUUUCUGCACCCGAUCGAGAGAGACGAGAUGGGCCACCAGCAGCUCUACUGGAGUCACCCCAGAAAAUACGGCCAGGGAUCCCGGUCCUGCCGGGUUUGCUCAAACAGACACGGUCUGAUCCGCAAGUACGGACUGAACAUGUGCCGCCAGUGCUUCAGACAGUACGCUAAAGACAUCGGCUUCGUCAAGCUGGACUAAACUCAAGAGAGAUGAACGUCCGUGAUCAGCUCACCAUCCUGACGUCAUGAAGUUAUUCUGGAACGUUCAAUAAACAUGGCUUUUGUUUCUGUUCUGAA